GCCAUCUUGACCAACAUGCCCCCACGAGACGAGCGUACCUGUUUCCACAAAGUACUCAGCUACGCAAGCUCUCCUCACGCAGCUCAGUGUAAAUACCAACAGCCUAGCGAGGAGGAUCGGCUGGCCGCUACAGAGCCCAAACCGGGUUCAAAAGUUGCUAUCCCACGGACGAGAACCGAUAUCCAGAAUUUCCCAGCACCGCUCGUCCUACCCGAUGAUGAUCUCGCGGUAGACCCGGACCGGCCGCAGGACUUCCAGACCUGGCUUGGUGUUCGCAACCAAGUCACCUCGCGGCGCAGAACGAUUUACGUUGCCUGUCCAGCUGUUGACGAGCAUGUCAAUCCGGAUCUCCGUUCCGGGGCAAAGCCCGAAGGUGUCUGGGCAACUCAGCAAGGCCAAAUACCAACACAGCCCAGAAUGCAGGAUGUCACAGACUUCCUCGCAGCCUUCUACCAUGGCUUGCCGGUCAAAGAACUUCAAUCUCGGAACUGCGAGUUUACGUCCUCGACCAAGUCCAGCAUCUGGCUGAACACGCAAAAGCAGCGUAUGCAGAUCCGCGUCCGUCCCUCGCCGGACGGGCUCUACCCAUACCAACUCAAUCUGAAAGAUCUGCUCGAGGCCGCAAUGGUGAUGCUUCCGAGCGACGCGCAUGCCCUAUGUUUACUGCUGGAUCACGAUCUAUUCGAGGACGACGAGGAUAUAUUUGUCUGUGGCCGUGCGUACGGCGGUCGUCGUGUUGCGGUUGUCUCGACGGCUCGGUAUAACCCGCUUCUUGAUGGCGUGCAGGGGGUGGAGGAGGACCAUCCCUGGCCUGUUUCGCACUGUCAGCAGUUUAUCGACGAUACCUGCAGGGCACACGGCGAUUCGAGGAAGAGGCCCCGAACGACAAAACUUUCGGGCGUCGACAGGCACAGUAGAGGACCAAAGAAUGAGCCACCUCUUGAAGCGGCAGUCGCAGCAUUUGUCGAGGCUUCCGCGAGUACACAUGGUACAGGCCUCCCAACAUCUUCGGAUCCUUCGCUCCACUCAACCCUCUGGCUCGCCCGCGUCCUCCGAACAGUGAGCCACGAAAUCGGCCACUGUUUCGGAAUCGGCCAUUGUGCGUAUUACGCCUGUCUCAUGCAGGGCAGUGCAUCGCUCACAGAGGACAUCCGGCAACCGCCUUAUCUAUGUCCGGUGGAUUUGGCCAAAGUACUUGCAAGUACGCGGGCGACGGUGGCAGAUCGAUACGCUGCGCUUCUGCAAUUCUGUGAGCGGGAAAAGAUCAAAGACCUACCGCAUUUUGCGGCGUAUGCGGCGUGGUUGAAAUCUUCGUUGGAGGGUGAGAGGUUGGGUUGGGUUUGAUUCUUGAGCACGGUUGAAGAGAGUUUAUCGAGGUCACUGAUCAUAGAUGAACUUCUACAUAAGAAGAUAUUUAUAUCCGUCUAUCCACCACUAAAUAUCGGAUUAUCUACAUGGAGAAAUUCGUAGAUACUCAUUAUCACCCA